UGUUGUUCACAGAAGGGGUAUAAAAAAAGUAACAGGGGUAUUUUGCAAUCCUUGGACUUGCCUUGAGAUUGUUUUUCUUGUAGGGUUUGGUUUGACGGAGUGAACGACUUUGGCGUCGGGGAAUACACCUGCUCGCUAGAUUUUGUGUUUAGAGCUCAAGUGUGAAGAUGUGAGCCAUCUGUUGGCUGCUUUAGAGAUUGUCCUUAAGCAGGAAUUGGCUUAAACUAGCCGAGUUUGUGGGUGACAGAAUUGCCUGGGUGGGAAUUGUGUGCUGUGUCUCCUGGAUACUCUCGGUGUAGAAACUCUCUGUCAGUCUAGCAGGUGACUGAUAUGCGGGGCGGUUCAAGGGGUGGGGGUUUGAUUGCUCUGCCGGGAUCAGGAGGGGAGGACUCUUUUUCUUGAAUGACAGCGCUGCUCUACUAUAGUAAUUACGAGGAGUUCAACCACAGGUUUGUGUGUGCGGGAAAAUGAUUUUGAUAGGCUCUCCAUGAAUAUAGUUGCAGCAGAAGAUUGUUGCUCCUGUCUUCAAGUGUGAUCUUUGUAGAAGAGAUGGAAUACGAUGGGGUAUCCAGGCCGGUCACUUCAGACCAAUCAGUGUCGGAGACUUCGCAUCUACUGGAUUUGCAUACUGGACCGAAUUAUCAUAGCGAUGAGGUUGCUAACCACAAAAAUAUUACAGUCGAAGAAGCCAUUGAGACUAUUGUUCGUCGGGGGAUUUAUUUUCCAGGAUUCGGCAAGUUUCAGUUGGGGAUUCUGACGUAUACCGGCCUUGCAUGGUUAGCAGACGCUGCGGAGAUGAUUUUGUUGUCUUUCAUUGGUCCCUCGGCAAAAUGCGAAUGGGGGCUGUCAUCAUUCGAAGAGGGGGCCAUUACGAGUGCAGUGUUUGCCGGAAUCUUUGUGGGUGCAUAUGUUUGGGGAUUAGUGUCUGACAUGAAAGGACGCAGACUUGGUUUUAUGGCAACAGCUCUUUUCACUUUUUUCUUCGGUUUACUGAGUGCCUGGUCUCCAACUUAUUUAUCUCUUCUCCUGGCUCGGACUCUCGUUGGUUUUGGGCUUGGCGGUUCAUCAGUAGUAUUCUCCUUGUGCAUGGAGUUCUUGCCAGCUUCCUCUAGAGGCUUCUGGCUUGUUUUCAUGGAGAUCUUGUGGACGGUGGGAUCUGUAUCAUCAGCCCUCUUGGCUUGGCUUAUUUUACCCCAUCAUAGUUGGAGGAUAUUAGUAGCAGUUUCUGCCUUGCCAUUCCUGGUGUUGCUUGUUUUCUACUCAUGGGUUCCUGAGUCUCCUCGAUACUUGAUGGUGAAAGGGGACGUGGAGGGAGCACGGAAGGUUUUAAGACAGGUUGCAUAUAUCAAUGGAGCACCUGUGCCGACUGGCAACCUCUCACUUGCUAAGUUACCACGUCAAAUCGUUUGUGACCGGGCGGUCGUAAAAAUAAAUACUCCGAGUGGCCGUCGUGAUGAGACUCCUCGCCAGAUGGACCAAGGUGGAAUUAAAGGAGCGUUCUCCAUUUUCCUGCAAUUGUUUUCUCCUGAGCUGAAGCUAACCACAAUACUUUUAUGGUCAUUCUUUUUCGCCAAUGCUUUCACCUACUAUGGGCUAGUGCUCUUGACUACCGAGCUACCUGUCAAGUCUCACGACAAGCUCCUCCUCACGGAGACUAAGUGCAUGCCGGAUGGUAGGCCAGGCACGGACGUUUCAAGUUACAAAGCAGUUCUAAUCACAUCUCUGGCGGAGCUCCCAGGAUUGUUAGUGGCUUGCCUGAUAGUCGAACGCUAUGGCCGGAAGGCCAGCCUGGGAGCUCUUCUCCUUGGUACCAGCCUCUUUGUAGCUCCGCUUUGGAAACCUCUUUCGGAGAUGGCUACCACCUCGCUCAUGUUUGGAGCCCGGAGCUGUAUCAUGGGAGCAUUCUCUAUCUUGUGGGCUUAUGCUCCGGAGUUAUACCCGACCAAGCUGAGAUCCUCUGGCCUGGGUUUUAGUAAUUCCGCUGGUCGCAUUGGCGGUUUCCUGUGCCCCUUUGUUGCAAUAGAAAUGAUGAAAAAUGGUCAUAGGGUACUUUCGGUGCUGCUUUUUGUUGCGGUUCCUUUAAUCGCAAGCAUGGCCACUUUGCUAUUUCCAAUCGAAACCAAGGGAAUACGACUAGCUGAUGACAUACAAUCAGAUUGAAGAUCGUCUGAGGGCGAUUGAUUUUAUUGCUGUUGGUUGAAUGCAUUGUGAACCGAAUUUUGCAUUACAACCGAGGUUGAGGCAGCUUUUGAUUUGUAAACUAAUUUUCUAGGUAAUCAUAAUAUUCAAUCAGUAUCAGGCAUUUUGAAUGCACAUGCAAUGUAUCCACCCUAAGAUACGGAUGCUUUGUGAACAUAUUUUCAGAUAUAUGCUUCAUUCAUUAGUUGCAUGGACAGGAUUGUUGCUUUUGUAAUUUAUUACAUGAGUGGUUUGUCAAUCAACACAUUCAUGUGUUUCUCUGAUA